AUUACUGUGAUAUUAUUACAAUAACUUUACUGAUUUUCUGACAUGUGACUAGAAUGUUAUUACACUACUUAUAAAAACAAAUAGGUAUUACGAUAUACGGCAUUAUUAAAAUAGAUAGUCGUUAUUUAAUGUUUUGUCAAAACCAUGGAUGCUGUCGAUGCAUUACUGAGUCAGAGCGUUUUGAAACCCGGUUUCCAAAAAAGUUACAAGGUACCAGUUAACGAAAAGAGCUCAAAGAUCAUCAAAAGAAAUAAUAAGAAAGAAGAAGCAAAAACUAAAGGUAAAGAUUGGUUUAAUUUACCAGCAACUAAAUUGACAGAUAAUGUUCGACACGAUCUCGACUUGAUCCGUAUGAGAUCAGCAUUAGAUACUAAACGUUUUUAUAAAAAAAAUGAAACUGAAGCAUAUCCUAAAUAUUUUCAAAUUGGUACAGUAAUAGAUUCACCAUUUGAAAGUAAAUCUGGUCGUCUCACCAAUAAGGAACGAAAACGUACAAUGGUUGAUGAACUUUUAGCAGAUGCAGAAUUCAAGCAAAACACUAAAAAACGUUACAAGAAUAUAUUAAUGGCUAAUCCUAAAAUGGCAUCUAAAAUAAGAAAAGAAAAUAGGAAAAUGAAUAAAUUAAAAAAGAAAAGAAAGUAG